CAUCAGUUUGGUUGUACCGACUUCACUGUGUUUCUGAAGUGAAACCAUCAUCACAAUGUUCGUCUUCACCACGAAGGGUCUUGUUGUCUGCCUGUGUUACUUGGCGGUAAUUCUCCAGGCAGAGGCGAAACCCAGACACAGGCGUCGUGUAGCAGAUAUCAACGCUAACAUAAAUGUGUCUGAUCGAGGGAAACGUGCCUUUGACAGAUCUGCGUGCCCUCAGAAGUAUUUGGACGAGAAUAACAACCACACGAUGUGUCUUGUUGAUGUUGGCACCGCAGGACCGACGUUGUCGAAUGCCGACAAAAAUGCCAUCGUAGACCUACACAACGAGUUUCGCAUGAACGUACAGCCGCCAGCCACGAACAUGCUAAAAGUGAUCUGGGACGACGACAUUGCUGUAGUUGCAGCCAAGUGGGCGAGGCAGUGUAUAGAUGACAUGCACGACGACGACGACGCCCGUAGUGUUCCAGAAUUGCCAGGCGUGCAUAUAGGGCAGAACUUAGGAGCCGGCUACAGCUCUUUGACCGCGGCAAUCACUGCAUGGCAUGCCGAGGUAAACCAAUUCACGUUUGGCGUUGGAGGAACCAAGAUUGGCCAUUAUACACAGGUUGUCUCGGAAACUGUGGCACGAAUCGGGUGUGGCUCGGCCAACUGUUCAAACAGUAUAUUUAAAAAAAUACAUAUCUGUAACUAUGCCGUCGGGCAGAUGGACACGAAGAAACCCUAUCAAAAUGGAACCAGUUGUGCAAACUGUCAACAAUGCGUCUCAAACAAACUAUGUGACUGUGGAGGUAAACUGUGCUACAAUGGCGGGAAACUGGACCCGAACACCUGUACGUGUACCUGUCCGUCCAUGUACUACUCCGGAGACCUGUGCCAGACCUCCUCGUGUCCAUCCCAGGUGUCCAAGUCGUGUGCUUCGUACGAUGAUGACGCGUGUACGAAGUUCACCAACGUCCCUUCGGAUUGUCCGUUGAUGUGCGGCAAGUGUGGAACACUGCCGUGUGGUGGGAAGAUCUGCAGAAACUGGGGAGAACUGGAUGUGGCCACGUGUACUUGCCAAUGUCAACCAACCUACACCGGAGACACGUGCAAAACCCUGGACUGCAGUUUAUCCGACCCUUCGUUCUGCAGCUACUACAGUGCGGCGUACUGCCUGUAUACUAACAUCAAGUUCGGCUGUCCGCACAUGUGCAGCUUGUGUUGAGUGCCGCUGUGACGUCAUCGAGUGAUGUCUUUACGUCACUACCAUAACCCAGUAACAUAAGUCUUCAUAUUAUACAAGUCCUGUUUAUUCGAAACGAUUAUUUAAACAAAACAAAACGAAAUAAAGAUAAUAUUAACGAACUCA